AUGUCGUCAAACUCGAAUGCAAGCUCUGCAACUAUUGUUGCUGUUACUGUUUUUGAGCAAGGCAGAAAGGCUGAGGGCUCGACGCUCUUCUUCGAUGCCCAGAUAUAUCUGGGUCCAGAUUGCCCUGUCUUAAUUGCUGCAAUGCGGUUCUUUACCGUGGCUCAGAUGGAGUCAGGAGCGCACAUCAUGAUGCCUGAAGGAAUGCGCGAAUCGGACUACGACUUGGUUGCUGAUGUUGUCAGUUUGAUUCCACUCCCAGAUGGAGUUGACUUGCUGCACUCGCCAUAUAUUGAGAUCUGUGGUACUGUUCACAGCGUUGAUGACCUUGCCGGCACAUUCAAUAUAGAUGCGCACCAAUACAUUGCCUCACUUAGGAUUCCCAGCGCUCACACUGAGCCACCUUCCACGUCAUCCUCCCCAGCAACCAAAACCUUCAAGUCAAUCAUGCCUGUAGAGUGCUCAAUUCCUGACACUCCAAGAUGGAAAAGAUCUGGGAAAAAGCUCACUCCGCAACCACACAGAUAUGUCUCCAUCACCGGAUUCCUCACAGGACGCAAGACGAAGACAGUGGUUGGUGAGGACCCUGUUACCGAGCGGUUCUGUCUGCAAGUGGACUCGAUCGUGUUUCUUGGGCGCCCUGUUGUUGCACACUCCUCUAGCAAUUCAGUGGCUUCCAAUCCUUCAACGCCAGCCACUGGCAGGUCGAAGAUGAAAUUUGACUUUUCGCAAGUCCGCUCAAACAAACGUGCCCGCCUUGAUGAAUGA